AGCCGGAGUACCUGGAGAGAACCUACGUAUGCACAGGGAGAACAUGUAGACUCCAUGCAGAAAGAACCUGCCCAGGCAGGGAUUUGAACCCAAAACAUUCUUGCUACAAAGGACAACUACGCCACUGUGCAGUAAUAUAAUAUAAUAUAAUAUAAAUUAUAUUUUAUAUUAUUUUAUUUGCACAGUCUAAUUUGUUUGGUUCUGUCACUCAAAUCUCAAACUGAUUUACAUUUUUUAAGCCUGAAGGCCUUAAGAACUGUGUAAUAGCCCUUUAUUUGAAAGGGCUUCAGAAGAACCGAUUCUGAAGCUAGAAUUCAGACGCUAACUUCAGCGAGAUUUUCACACUGUAAAGUUUUUAGCGCGUCAAAGACUGCAGCUGAUAAAUAAGACGCAGUUUCCGUUUGCUUCAGCUUCUGGCAUAUCCAUGUCUCACCAUGGCCGAAAAUAACUGCGCAGCGUGUUUGUAACUCUCCGGCUGUUAUUAUGCUGUCCAACAGAAACAGCUGACUCACUGACAGAGAGCCAGGCUGAGGCGGUUCCACGCCGCGACAUGGCGGUGUCCGACCCACUCGUUCCUGCUGCUGCCUCAAGGUGAAAGUCGACGGUGGGAUCCUCCGUGGGCUGAGCCGUCACCGACUGAAGAUGAUUGGCUCACCGGACCUGCUGCCCUUCACCGGCAGCGGGGGGUUUGAGGAGGACGGAGAGGAGCCGGAGGUCCACACUCUGCCUGAGGAGUUCUCUGUCCGCCUUUUGCCGCCUCACAGCCCCUGGAGAACAGCAGCCCAGUUUCACCGGGACUUUAUCCUGGUGGCUGAAUUCUCGGAGCAGGCGUCCGGCCCGGGUCACACAGCCCCUGCUCCGCCUGGACCCCGCCUCAGUUUCAGCGAGGACUCCAAGGUAAUCCUGGGAGACUCAGCAGACGACUCGUUUGCGUACGUUCAUCACCUGACCCUGUACGACCUGGAGGCUCGGGGGAUGGUGCGACCUUUCUGCAUGGCCUACGUCUGUUCGGACCGGACCAAGCUGAUGGAGAACUUCUCUGAGCUGUCCGAGUGUUUUUCUCAGGCCUCUGACAGUUUGAAGACGGGAAACAGGCAAGCGUUCUCCUCUGAACUGCAGAGAAAGUUGCAGGAGCUCGAGUACAGACGGAGGGCCCUGCUGCAGGACACACACGCCUCCACAGGAGCAGGAGGCAGAGCUGAUGAGCUGGAAGCUUUAGAGCAUCUGAUCCUGAACCACAGAGAGCUCCUUCGCCAGGUCACAUCCUACCCAAACAGAAAACUCCAGCAGCCUGACUUCCUGCCCUACGACACGGCCGACCUGCCGCCUGAGCCGUCCUCUCCCUGCCUUCCCUCCUCUGCCUCCUGCAGGUCUGAGUCGCUUCUGAAGCCACUGGAGGAGCUCUGCAACUUCUACUUCCUGUCCCUGGUGAAAAACCAGCUAUCAGACACAGAGCGGCGUCUGCGUGGCGACAGGAGCGUCCUGCGAACUGCUCGCGUCUCACAGCUACUGUCCAGGAAGGUGAAACUUACAAACUUCCUGUUUGAGCUGUGCUGCCCUGUGGAUGCUGAGGAGGAAGAGGAGGAGGAUGAAGCAGAGCGGGUCUUGGGGAGCACCGUGGGAGCUGUGGGAGGUCAAUCAGAAAAGCAUGGUGGGGAGUUGUUCUCCUGUGUGGAAGAAAUACAGAUAAAGAUGGAAGGAGGGGGAGGCGGGAGAGCGACCCCUGACCCCAGCGCGUUCACAGACGUGAUGGGCAGCGUGAGCAGCAGCGACAGCAUCGAGGUUCUCGGGACGGAGAAGUCGUACCGGAGUCAACGCGGGGCCGUUGUGUCCGACAGCAGAGAAACCCGUGUCGGGACGACAGACGUGAUUCUCCAGCAUGCAGCAGGAGACGCAGGCCUUCGGCACCUGCGAGCCCCUGCCAGGCGUGCCAACAGCGAGGACAGCAUCGAGGUUCUCAGCACGACUGAGUCCAUCGUCCCUGACGACCUGUCCGCCAUCACAGAGGAAGAGGCGGAGCAUCACACUCUGACCAAUGGAUUUGAGGAAGAGGAAGAGUCAGAGGCUGACUGUAAGCCUGACAAAGUCCUCAAGGAGAAGAGGAUGAAGAACACUGCUACUGCAGGGGACGAAAGUGGAGAAUCUGCUGGAAGAAAAGAACUUUUGGAGGAAAUAAUGUUCAAUGUACCAGACAAAGACAAUUUACUCACAGAGAAGAGUAACGAAGUCCAUAAAGACAAAAUGAAUAAACUGGUCCAAGCUGGAGAUGCAGUGGAGUCGAGGCAGAAGAAGACGAGGCCGGUGUUUGACCUCCAUGUAAAAAUGGCUCCGAAAAGCGUCGGGGCAGAGGGAGCUCUGCGCACGCCGCCCUGCGCUCCUCUGAGGCUGCUCAGCGUGGACGAAUUCUCCGACUGCACCAGCUUUACCAGCAGCUCAGAGCCACCAUCUCCCACCACAGUCAACCUCACCAGCACAUGUGUGGACAAGAAAAGGAGGAGGAGGAGGGCUGGCCUGCGAGCCCUCCGGUUCAUCAAGCAGCUCUCCUUCUCCCAGCAUGCCAUCUUCUGUCUGCUGAUUGGCCGGCCGCUGGUCGUCAUCGGUGGAGACGAGCAGCUGGUGAGGAAGCUGGUGGACGGCUUGAGGCUCUUCCUGCCAGCUCCUGGUGCUGACGGGAGCGCCGUGAUGUCAUGUUUGGCCACGCCCCUCCAGCUGACUGACCUGCUCACCUGGAGGCUCAUAGGAAUACACAGAUCAUCUUCCAAUGCAUCAUCUUCCAUCCUUCAGUCUCUGACUCAGUUGAGUCGUUACAUCGCUGUGCUGGACCUGGAUCAGAAGACGCUGCUCUGUCCUUCAUAUGCCGGAUCCCUGGUCAGCUUCCUAGCCAACCCUCACACCGGCAUCGGCCGCGGCCUCACCUACCUGCUGCACCUGGAGAGCUGCCUGACUGCGCUGGCCAACCGGGUGCUGCUGCAGACCUUCACCGCUGCUUCCCAGCUUCACAGAGCCAUCGCCAAGGAAAAGGACUCGCAGCAAGCACCACAACUCUGCAGCAGUGAAAAUGAUUUUCGAGUGAUGCACUUUCUGACUGACCUGAUCACGCAGCGCCACACCGGACAUGGACCGCCGCCUUUCAGGUUUUCCUACAGCUCAGUGCAGCUUCACAGGAACACAUAUCCAACAUAAACAGACUGAGGAGCGGAGCAAGAUGCUUUUAUUUUGCUACAUGCCCUCCAUACAGUGCCUUAGGUGUAAUUAGCAGUUGCUGUAUGUGCACAAAGGAUUGUUCAAAUGAAUAUAAAUAUGUGCACAUUUAAGACUCAAACGAAUAUGAAUGUUAACUCUCUACAGCCAUCAGCUUGACCUGGAGGUGGACAUGAAAGAGCUGGUGCAGACCUCCACCCUGAACAGGUCACCUUCCAUCAAAAUUAAAUUACACCUUCAUCAUAAAUUCAUACAUAUCAAUAAAUAAGCCAAAGCAAACAAAACCUGUACACCGGAUGGUUUCAGUUAGUCUGGUACUGUGACUUUAGCUAGUUUUUUCCUUUUUUUCAGAACAAAAACCUUUUUGUCAUUUUGAUUAUUUAAGCUAGUCAAACUAUGCAACCCUAAGUAUAAAUGUCAUGAUUAUAGACGAUGUAAAACAAAGCAAAUCAGAGAAAUCAAAAUCUGCAAUAUUUCUUUUCAAGAUUUAUUUAAUAAAAUCCAAAGCAUAUGAAACCCUAAAAUUGAGGGUUUAUUUUUGUUAAGUUUUUUAAUACCGACUGUCAGCAACUUGCAUCCGCAUAAGUGUUGAGCUUCCUAACUUUAAUGCAUAAAAUAAACUUUUUCAACAAUAAUGACUGAAAGUUUUCCAUUUUGAAGAAUUUGCCUAAUUUUGACUGCAAAAGUUUUAACCUAAUAAUAUAUGAACAUUACUUUGGCUUUAAAAAUCAAACAGCAGCUAAAGAGUGCAAAAUUACUGGAAUAUAUUUUAUUUGUAUAUGUAAUAGAUGUGAUAUAUUCUAUUGUUUAUGAUUACUUUGAAAAUAAAGUCAGAGAAAAGAACAUGGCCAAACACUGGAGUCAUUUAUUAAACCAGAUUAUCUCAGAAAUCAUUAACACUGAUGGCAGUUUGAUUCCUAAUGAACAUGAAAGAAAAUCAUUAGACAGGAGCAGAAACAGAAUUCAUGUCCACCUUAGCAGCACUCUGCAAAUAUUUGGUUAAUCUUCAAAAGUAGAUUCAAUAAGACUGUACAGCAGCAGAGCUGCUCCGGCUGUUUUAAAUAUGAAAGUAGAAAAAAAACAGUUAAAUGUUUUUUAAUAGUAUGGAAAUAAUUAUUUUUCCAUCUGAAAUGUUCAUUUUGCUGUGCAUGUCUGUAAAUCAGACCUGCACAGGAAACUUUAUCAACAUAAGCAAAUAAUUAAAUGAAAACUAAUUUCAGUAUUAGUUUGUUCUAAAGUUAUUUUUUAAAGUUAUCUUUCAGCUUUGUCUAAAUUGUUGAAGUAGAUGACUGAUUUUCAAACUGCAUAAAGCAACAUAUCUACAGGUAAUGGUCUAAAACCAGUGUUAUUGUACAGUGCAUCAAAAACCAGUUUCAUUAAAUUACAUGCAGAGAAAUGGGUGAAUUCAAACUGAAGAUGUGUUUAGUGCAAAAAUGUUUAGUUUAAUAAGUGGCAACAAAAGUAUGAAAGAGUUCUCUCUUUCUCUGUGUGUGCGCCACCUGAUGAACAUUCCUACCAUCCACCGCGCUGCAGACAGAGGUUCAGAUGUAAAGCACAUAACAGCAGAUUCUUACUGUUGCGCAGCGUUACUGUCAUGGUGCUUAAAGUAAGCAAGAAAUCCAACAAAAGUCCCACAUGGCUUCACAUUGAGAUAAAAAAAAAAAAAAGAAAAAAAACCCCAGUCCUUUUUGGAAGACGUGGGC